AUGACUGGGUGGAGCUGCCUGGUGACAGGAGCGGGAGGGUUUCUGGGCCAGAAAAUUGUCCACUUGUUGGUGGAGGAGAAGGAACUUCAGGAGGUCAGGGCCUUGGACAAAGUCUUCAGUCCGGAAACCAAGGACAAAUUCGCUAAGCUGCAGACAAAGGCCAAGGUGACAGUGCUGGAAGGAGACAUUCUGGAUGUUCAGUGCCUGAAGAGAGCCUGUCAGGGAGUCUCAGUUGUCAUCCACACUGCCUCUGUCAUUGAUGUCUCAGGCAUCAUUCCUAGAAAGAUCAUCAUGGAUGUCAACCUGAAAGGUACCCAGCUCCUGUUGGAAGCCUGUGUCCAAGCUAGUGUGCCCACCCUCAUCUACACUAGCACAGUGGACGUAGCAGGGCCCAACUCCUACAAGGAGGUCAUCCAGGAUGGCCACGAGGAAGAGCAUCAUGAAAGUACAUGGUCUGAUCCAUACCCAUACAGCAAAAAGCUGGCUGAGAAGGCAGUGCUGGCAGCCAACGGGUGCACUCUAAAAAAUGGGGGCAUCUUGUAUACUUGUGCCUUAAGGUCCAUGUUCAUCUAUGGGGAAGAAAGCAAAUUCCUUACUAGCACUGUGAAUAAGGCCCUCAAGAACAAUGGCAUCAUAGAGAAGACAGGUUGGUUCUCUAUGGUCAACCCAGUCUAUGUGGGCAACGUGGCCUGGGCUCACAUUCUGGCCUCCAGGAGCCUGCGGGACCCCAAGAAAGCACCAAGCAUCCGAGGACAGUUCUACUACAUCUCAGAUGAUACUCCUCAUCAAAGCUAUAAUACCUUAAAUUAUAACCUGUGCAAGGAUUGGGGCCUCUGCCUUGAUUCCAGUCCAAACCCCCCUCUGUUUCUGAUGUACUGGCUGGCCUUCCUGCUGGAAACAGUGAGCUUCCUGCUGAGCCCAAUUUACAAAUAUCGACCCCCCUUUACCCGCCACUUACUGACAUUGUCAAAUAGUGUGUACAUCUUCUCCUAUAAGAAAGCUCAGCGAGACCUGGGGUAUGAGCCACGCUUUAGCUGGGAGGAAGCCAAGCAGAAAACCAUAGAGUGGGUUGGUACAUUACUGGAGCAGCACAAGGGGUCUCUAAAGACAAAGACUCAAUGA